AUGAUGACUUCUCUGCACCGCGAAAAAAGGGUCAAAUGGGUGCGCCGUUUUAUAAGCAAGGGGGACUUUUUUUGGAACAAAGUCAUCUUCAGCGAUGAGAAAAAGUUCAACCUCGACGGACCGGAUGGAAAUGCCUGCUAUUGGCAUGAUUUGCGCAAAGAUGAAAGGUUUUUUUCUAAGAGGCAAAAUGGAGGAGCUACAGUUAUGGUUUGGGGAGCCAUUUCUCCUUACGGGGUAUCCCCUUUGGUCUUUUUAAAUGGAAAUCAAAAUUCGGGUAAGUACUGCGAAACCCUGGACAAGGCCCUACUGCCUUUUUCCGCAGAGAUGUAUGGGGAAAUGGAGAACUGGGUUUACCAGCAAGAUGGAGCUUCUAUUCAUAGGUCGAGAUUCACGCGCUCUUGGCUCAAUGAGAAGGGUGUGAGAACUAUGGACUGGCCCGCAAAGUCUCCUGAUCUUAAUAUUAUUGAGAACAUUUGGGGAAUCAUGGCUCGUCGCGUCUAUCUUCGCCAGCGUCAGUUCGAUACGAUAGAGCAGCUUAAGGAGGUGAUUGAGGAUGUAUGGGCAACAAUUAGUGGCGAAUUGCUACAGAAGCUCUAUCGUAGCAUACCGCGGCGUAUGCUUGCAGUUCUGGAUGGACAAGGGCGAGCGACAAAAUACUAG